AUGCAUGGCCAAAGUGACAGGGCGGCGCCCGUCACGUCUGUCAAAUCCAUGGCCAGCGACGCGGAGAAGCGAGCGUUCCUCGCGUCGCUGCCUUGUGAUGCUGAGUCUGUUCUGUCAACGCUCACGUCUAUUGAGGAUGUUUGGUGGGUCGCAGCGGCCGCGGUGGCGGCCGUGCGCACAGGCACGGCAUGGCUUGCCGCUGACGCCGAGCGUGUCCUUGCGCAUGCACUCGAGCGUAGCGCAUCAUUCGACCAGGAAGUGCAGGCGGUGCUAUCUAAGGACGUAGAUCGCCUGUUAGCCUGGCUCGAUGCUGAGCCUGAUCGCCUUCCACGCGUCGUGCUUCGGCGCAAGCUUUGGCACAUGCGUUGGCUUUUGAGCAUUCCUCUAUCGCGAUCCAAAUCAGCACUGGUCGAAACUGAUAUGGCGCGCCUGUCCGAUAUACCCCUGCUCGAGCAUGCACGUACGCUGUGUCUUGCUGGCAAUGAACGAGCUCUCCGUGCACUUCUUGGGACCAAUGCGUCCGUCGCGCUAUGCUUGUAUCCGCAUCGCUUUGUGCUGCUACGUUUGCUGCUUACAUGUGGCGGCGUAUCGCCUGACCACUUGAUGCAGUUGCGUCUGUUGCCCGGUACGCAUCUCCCUGUAGCCGACCGCGAGAGCGGAGCAUGGGUCGAUGCCUUGGGAUCGUUCGCGCUGUGGACGGAACAUCCCGGUAUGGUCUCGGCUCUCGCCCGACGCGGGGCGGCCACACACCCUCCUGCACCUCCGCCGCCGCCGCCGGCUCUGUCGGACUGGUACAUGGACGUUAUAAGGGAACUCGAAGGCCGUUGGGGUCUGGUCGAUGCAGCCUUCGCCUUGGCUCAGGCUGGCGAGCGCAUGGGCAUGGUGCCAUUACGCGCCGCGCGUGAUGAACUGGCAUUUCUGCACAUGCUCGUGUACGAAUUGCAUGCGGAGGCUUGGUCUGUAUCUACGCUGCGUGCGGCCAAGGCCGCCGACCUUGUUCGUCUUGUUGUGUCACAUCCCGCGCCGAUGAGCGAGACGGCCCAGCGACUGCGCGAUGCCGUGUUGCCAUACCUCCAGCAUGGCACAUACGCUGAUGCUCAUACGCUGCAUGCAUACUCAGCCAGUGCAUUGGGUGUACAUAUCGCCCUCAUGGUACUGGAUACCCUUUCGCCUGCACGUGCCUUGCCCCUCGUCUCGGCCAUGCUCUCUUGGCUCGACAAGGAAGACCAAAUGCGGCUCACAUUGGUAGUCAUCGGCGCAUAUGAUGCUACGGACCGAGCAUCCUUGGCUAUGUAUGCGGACAUGCUACGUGACGUGCCCCUCCCUGACGCAUCGCCCUCGCCGCUGUAUCUUGUGCUGAGUCGUGCUCCAAAACACGACGCUUUGGCCUUGUGGAAGUGCACCCACGUUGCCUCGUCCCAUCAACUUAUGCAUGCUGUUCGUGAUGUGCGUGUCCUUGUGGAUAUGGCGCAAGCCUUGGCGCCCAUUCGUGCGUAUGCGCCGAGCUAUUUGUGGGGUGACGACGUUCAUCGGCACCGAGCGCAUCGUAUGGCAGUAGAACUUGUGCAGCAUGCGCUCACGCAGCGCGGACACGAACGUGCCGCGCUUGAACGCAUCCUCCAGGCUCUUGCACCUUGGAUAGGUACGCAUGCGCCGUACUUGCCGACAGAGUGCGUGCGGACCCUUUUCAAGCAACUCUUAUUAGCGCGAGCACCGAUUCUAUUCAACGAAGUCGUACAUGCGCUGCCCCAUACGUGCCCCAAGAUCGCUGCACUCCUGUCGCCCGAGGACGCAGAAGCACUGGUGCUUGAGACAGCCCGUGCAUGGACCGAGCAGGCGCCGACUUGUGAUCCACUCCAUGGAGCCUUACAGCGGGCGCGUGACACCCUCGAUGCCGUGCCACUUUCUCCAAGCGUGAAUGCAGAACUAUCCUUUCUGCAACUGCUGGGCCUCUUGCACGAGCAUGCUUUGCCCCUUUCGCCGAAGGACGUGCGUGCCACGUCUCGUCUGGAUUUGUUGGCACGAGUCUUGUCGAGCCACCGCGACGCAUAUCGCACAGCCCAGCCGUUGGCUCGGGCGUGCAUGAUAAACGAAGAUGACGACGUGCGGAUCGAGGCGAUGCUCACGGACGCAGCAGCGGCGAGUGGCGAUGUGUCAGCAGCGUUGCGAAGCUGCGAUCGCCUAGUCACGCGCGUUUUAUCGCUUGAUCACACUCAGCACACCGAAGCGUAUGAUGUCGCAUGGCGCACCUGCUUUCAACUCGCCAAGCAGCCUUGGAUGUGGCCGGAUCAUCGCGCUCCCACCCAGGUUUUUGGCCAUGCCUUGCGUCUCGCGCCUCCUGAGCAUAUCUCCACGAUUCUCACAACUCUGGCUCCGUUGGCCGUCCGUGCCAGUCAUCCGCCCACGAUACCCCGCCGUGAUGCGCAGCCGACCCAUGCAUGGUCACGUCUCUUGACGCGGACCGAGGAGCAGUCGACGGCUCAGCUUCUCGACUCGGUCGCGACGCAGCAUGCACCGAACGCCGCACGCGUGGCGCGCUCGCUCUUUGACAUGGGCGCCGCAUGGUGGAAUGAAGCCAAGUAG